AUGGCGGCGAGGCUCAGAGGGGCGCUGGCGGCUCCGGUGGCGGCCUCGCUCGUUGAGGCUGCCGUGCGCGCCGCGGUGCUCGCGCGAGCUUUUCGCGGGGCAGUCGCCGCUGUGGCGCGAUCUGCUGUCGCUGCUGCUGCGUUCGCGGCCUCGCCAGCUGAUGGCGCCGCCGGCGGAGACGCUGGCACCUUCGAGGAGCGCUGCCAGUGGGUGCACGCCAUGGGCGAGGCGAAGACGGCGAGGCGGCGCCGCCGCCGUCUGCGGCUCGCGGGGCGGCGUCGGGCUGAUGGCGCCGAAGCUGGAUCUGGAGUUGCACGCGAUGCUGAGCCUGGUCAGGGGGGCGACGCCAGGGCCGACAGCCUCCCUCCCCGUGUCGUGCCGAGGAGGCGGAGGCGUCGGCGUUUCCGCAUGUGUCUAUUGCCUUCACCAGGGGCACGAAUCCGUGCUUUCUACGUCUGUGUCCAUUGA